AUGGUCAAGGUUCUUCUCGUUCUCUACGACGGCGGCCAGCAUGCCAAGGACGUCCCCGGUCUGCUCGGUACCACCGAGAAUGAGCUCGGCAUCCGCAAGUGGCUUGAGGAUCAAGGCCACACGCUCGUCACCACCUCGGACAAGGAGGGCGAGAACAGCACAUUCGACAAGGAGCUCGUCGACGCAGAGGUCAUCAUCACCACCCCCUUCCACCCGGGCUACCUGACCGCCGAGCGCCUCGCCAAGGCCAAGAAACUCAAGAUCGCCGUCACGGCCGGCAUCGGCUCCGACCAUGUCGACCUCAACGCCGCCAACACCACCAACGGCGGCAUCACCGUCGCCGAGGUCACCGGUUCCAACGUCGUCUCCGUCGCCGAGCACGUCGUCAUGACCAUCCUCGUCCUCAUCCGCAACUUUGUCCCCGCCCACGAGCAGAUUGAGCGCGGCGAGUGGGACGUGGCCGCCUCCGCCAAGCAGGAGUACGACCUCGAGGGCAAGGUCGUCGGCACCGUCGCCGUCGGCCGCAUCGGCGAGCGCGUCCUCCGCCGCCUCAAGGCCUUUGACUGCAAGGAGCUCCUCUACUUUGACUACCAGCCCCUCAAGCCCGAGGUCGAAAAGGAGAUUGGCGCCCGCCGCGUCGACACCCUCGAGGAACUCCUCGCCCAGUGCGACGUCGUCACUAUCAACUGCCCCCUCCACGAGAAGACAAAGGGUCUCUUCAACAAGGACCUCAUCGCCAAGAUGAAGAAGGGUUCCUACCUCAUCAACACCGCACGCGGCGCCAUCGUCGUCAAGGAGGACGUCGCCGAGGCUCUCAAGAGCGGCCACCUCGCCGGUUACGGCGGCGACGUCUGGUUCCCCCAGCCGGCGCCCCAGGACCAUCCUCUGCGCUACGCCAAGAACCCCUUUGGCGGCGGCAACGCCAUGGUGCCGCACAUGUCGGGCACGUCCCUCGAUGCCCAGAAGAGGUACGCCGACGGCACAAAGGCCAUCCUUCAGAGCUACUUCAGUGGCAAGCACGACUACAGGCCUGAGGACCUGAUCGUGCACAACGGUGACUAUGCCACCAAGGCGUACGGCCAGCGUGAGAAGAAGUAA